AUGCCAUCUGAUCCGGCUUCCUUUCUCUUCCACAGAUCCGCCUACAUCAAAAUCAGAAUCAUCUUUACUCUCUCUGAACCUAGCCUCGAAAUCAAUGUCAAGCAAGAAAGGUUUAUUCAACCCGUUUUCUUCAAACUCGGCCACAAGACAUCAACAGUCACACGGAGGGAAUCACCCACCGCCGCCGUAGAUGGGAUGAAGUCGGAGAUAAAAGCACCACCACACACGUUUCUCUUUCUUUCACUAUUCUCAGAUCUUUGGUUUUUUUCUAUAAAACAGUGA